AACAGAAAUUUGGUGUGAUAAGAAAAUGACGAAAGACAAGACAAUCGGCGUGGCAAUAGAUUUCUCGAAGAGCAGCAAAGCGGCGCUGCAAUGGUCGAUCGAUCAUUUGGCUGAUAAAGGCGACACAUUCUACAUUCUCCACGUCAAGCCUCACUCCGCCGACGACUCCCAGAGCCAACUCUGGUCCCAAUCCGGUUCUCCUGUGAUGCCACUGGCGGAAUUUCGGGAGCCGGAGAGAAUGAAGAAGUACGACGUGAGCAUUGAUAUCGAAGUUCUAGACAUGCUGGACACUGCGGCCAGGCAGAAACAGAUAAAUGUGGUGGUGAAGCUGUAUUGGGGAGAUGCGCGAGAGAAGCUUUGUGAUGCUUGUGAAGAAUUCAAAUUGGAUUCCUUGGUAAUGGGUAGCAGGGGUCUCACCCUCAUCCAAAGGAUUAUUGUGGGCAGCGUCAGCAAUUAUGUCAUGGCAAAUGCAAAAUGUGCAGUUACCAUUGUCAAGAAUCCAUGAUUUUAAAAUUCUUCAACUAAAUAAACCUCCACUUUUACUUUCAAAAUGUACAUCCAACAUUGCCCACGAUUAUUGCUAUGUAUUGCAUUUAUUUUAGAUUCA